CGGUGGACUUGGCCGCGCCGCUGCACCUGCGCGCUUUUGCUUUCUUUCGAAGGGGACACUUGGAAAAAGCUGUCCUAUUUAAGCCACGCCUCGCCCGCCGCUCGAUCUCUGCCUUCUCUAGCCGAAUUCAUACACAUCCACCGAAAACUCACAGUCUCACACUCACACUCACAGAGGUGACAGCCAUGGAGACAGCCCAAGAAAGAGAGCUGCUGCAGCUGCAGCUGCUGGGGUGGCCUUUCCACGCGGUGCAGGCUAGCUUGGACGCUAGCACUGGCUACACCUACAGCGGCAGUAGCAUCAGCAGCGGAGGCGGCGACAGCUUCUUCCUCGGAUGGGAGCCGCCGUUCGGCUGCUUCGGGGUUGUCGCCUCCGACGCCCACCUCCAUGACCUCUUCCCCCUCUGCUUGGAGUCGCUGCCGAUGUCGCCGGCGUUGUCGAUGGCGGCGGCGGCGGCUCUCCCGACGGAGCCCCAAGGCGCAGUGACGAUGCCCGGGGAGCUGGACGAACUCCUGAAUUUCUGGGACGGCGAUGCGAGCGAGAAGCAGCCGGCCGCAAUCAAUUCCAGCUGCGUGCCGCAGCUGCACCUACACGAGAAGGGCAACAACAGCAGCAGCGCUGCCAUAGCCACUGCCAGCUCUUUUCUCCUGUACGGCGAUGAUGAUCCUUUGAGCUCGAUUUUCUCCAAGGGCCCCGUCUUUACACCGGAGGAAGAAGCCGUGUUCCAGGCCCCAGCGCCGGCGGCGGAGCCCCUCGCCAGCUCCUCCUCCUCCUCCAGCUGCCACGCGGGCCCACGUGCCAGCGACGCCCAGCAGCCGCAGGACGCCGCCGCGCCGAGUGGCCCGCGGGCCCCCCGCUGCUCCACCUCUGCCUCCUCGUUGAAGCGCGCGACACCGGAAGAGUCGACGGAGGCGGAGUGCAGCCAGAGCAGCAGCGUCGUGAAGCGGCAGAAGAAGGCGGCGCCGGGACGGGUGGUAUGCCCGUUCGCGGUGCUGAAGCCGGACGGGCUGGACGGCGGCGCGACGCUGGCGGACAUCAACGCGCGCAUCCUCAUGCGGCCGGCGCGCCCCGUGCGGCACCCCGUGGGCGAGUACGCGUGCGCGCCCCGGGUCCUCGCGCGCGACGCGCCGGGCAUCUCGGGCAAGGCCGUCGCGGGCUUCACCAGGCUGCACACCCCCGGCCGCGGCACCAUCACCAUCAUGAGGACGCGAGGCUGAUGCAAAUUAAACCUAGCUUAACUAGCUUGCAUUGCACCGAUGAUGAUGAAUGUUGAAUUGUAGAUUAGCCCCGCUCAGUAAUGGAGGGAUAGCUAGAUGCUCGCUAGCUAGUUACUACUAGUCGGUAGUAAAUGACUCUACUACUACCUGUGCCAAGUUCCAAUGCCAUGUAAUUAUAUGAUCGAUUACAUAAGGAAUGAAUAAAAUUCUUCCUUUUUGUUCCGGAUUUAGUA